CGGCCACGGGGCUGGCCCCAUAACUUAUAUACUCUUGACAGUCCAGCCAUCUGUGGGACAAAGAAAUGACUAAUGUCACAAAGGAUUUUAUUGGAGUGAUAGCUGGCCUGUCAUGACAGUUGUCCAGCUUGGUAAAUACUAAAAAAUCAUUGAAUUGUACACUUGAAAAGGAUGAACUUUAUGGUAUUCGUUAUACCUCAGUGAAGUUAUUUAAAUUGUGUGAAUAAAUAAUGUUAUGAAAUAAACAGAAUCAACAGAACAAAAGUGGUCAGUGUAUGUUAAUCCUAUAGUCAUUGCCAUUUUGGUAGCUAUUAGAAUCUAGGCUAAGCAUUUGAGGUAUGUUAUCUUGUUUGAUGCUCCUCACGGGCUUGAGAAAGAGUGAAGUACUAUGUCAAGGUUACCUAAUCUAGUAAUUCGUGGAAUUCAGGUCUAUGUUACCUCCAAACCUGUGCUCUUCAUCACAAUCUGGACUACUCUGUCUGAAAUACUGCUAUCUGGGAAUGUAGCCAAGUGCUAGCUGAUAAGGCAAACAAUGUCCACAUUUGUGGUACAUAGGGCUGGGUUUUGCACGGCUUGGGGAAUGAGGGUUCGAUAUGCAGGUGGGGCCCUUGAACUCCUGUGCCUGGUGCCACUAGGCCUGUUUCACUUUUAUCUGUUUUAUAUGAAGGGGUUUAGUCAGAGGUUUGGUUGGACUUGAUUUCUGUGGUUUAAAGAAAAGAAAGCCUGCCUUUUCUUUAGUUUUUCAUUCUGAUUUUACUAGCUGUUCUAAUCAGCGGGGGAGCUGGUCUCUAAGCCCUCUGCCGAUUUAGGCGCAUCCUGUGAGGAGGUCGGGCACACAACACUGAAAAGUGGCCACUGAUAGCGUACCGUGAGAAGAGAGGCAGAGGAAGGCUAUAAAAUUACACUUAAGACCUCAAGCUGCUGAUUUUCUAUUUUGUACAUACGUUAUUUUGUAUAUACUGUAUAUGAUGACUUCGGUGAGCAGUGACCGGUUCCGAGGUGCACGAGAAAAAACGCAGAUUUCAGUGACACAGGCAACACAGCUACAGAAACAAGUAGUGCAGGCAACAGCUGAACAGAUGCGUCUCGCUCAAGUGAUCUUCGAUAAAAAUGAUUCAGAGUUUGAAGCUAAAGUGAAACAGCUUAUGGAAGUGACAGGAAAAAAUCAGGAUGAAUGCAUAGUGGCCCUUCAUGACUGUAAUGGAGAUGUGAACAAAGCUAUUAAUAUAUUGCUGGAAGGGAAUUCAGACACGACUUCAUGGGAGACUGUAGGAGGGAAGAAGAAGAAUUUCGGAAAAGAAAGUUCAGAAAACAAAGAAAAUAGAGAGAAGAGAAGUGAGAGAGAAGUGAAUCGUGGACGUGGAAACAACAACCGGAAAGGAAGAGUUGGCAAUCGUGGGAGAGAAUUUAGAGGCGAAGAGAAUGGAAUCGAUUGCAAUCAAGGGGACAAGCCUUCAGACCGUGGCAAGCGAGCCCGUGGUAGAGGAUUUGGACGUGGCAGAGGGAGAGGGGCAGGAAGAUUCUCAAGCCAAAGCAUGGGGACAUUUAAUCCUGCAGACUAUUCAGAUUCCCCGUCUAUAGAUGAGUGUGGGACAAAAGCAGUAGCUUGGGAAGCUGCUCAGAAUGGUGCAGAUGAGGGAACUGGGGCCUGGAAGAAUUCUGCGGAAGAGUGGACAACAGAAGACUGGACUGAAGAUCUUUCUGAAACAAAGGUCUUCACUGCCUCGUCUGUUCCAGUGGAGAAUCCUGUCACACCUGGGCCAAGCAUUGACCUGGUCGCCUUGCUCCAGAAGCCUGUUCCUCCCAGUGAAGCCUCAGAAGUCAGCUCCUUUGAAACUUCCCAACAGCAGGGCUUUGGCCAAGCCCUUGUCUUCACAAAUUCUCAGCACAACAGUCAGAUGGCACCAGGGACGGGCAGCUCCACUGCUGUCAACUCCUAUUCUCCUCAGAGUCUGUCAUCCGUCCUUGGUUCAGGAUUUGGAGAGCUUGCACCUUCAAAAAUGGCAAACAUCACCAGCUCCCAGGUCUUGGACCAGCUGAAAGCUCCAAGUUUGGGCCAGUUUACCACUACCCCAAGUUCACAGCAGAACAGUACGGGUCCCCCCACAACCACUGCUUCUUGGGACCUCAAGCCCUCAGCCUCCCAGUCCUCAGUCCUCAGUCAUUUUGACUUCAAAUCUCAGCCUGAACCAUCCCCAGUUCUUAGCCAGCUGAGCCAGCGACAGCAGCACCAGACUCAGGCAGUCGCUGUUCCUCCUCCUGGGUUGGAGUCCUUUCCUUCCCAGGUGAAACUCCGAGAGUCCGCCCCCAGAGACAGUACCUCCACUGUGAACAAACUUUUGCAGCUUCCUAGCAUGACUGUUGAAAACCUUGCUGUGUCUGCCCACCAACCACAGCCUAAACACAUCAAACUCCCUAAGCGGCGGAUUCCUCCAGCUUCUAAGAUCCCAGCUUCUGCAGUGGAAAUGCCUGGGUCAGCAGAUGUCACAGGAUUAAAUGUUCAGUUUGGUGCCCUGGAAUUUGGAUCAGAACCAUCUCUCUCUGAAUUUGGAUCAGCUGCAAGCAGUGACAAUAGUAACCAGAUUCCCAUCAGCUUGUAUUCGAAGUCUUUAAGUGAUUCUCUGAAUACCUCUUCACCGAUGACCAGUGCAGUACAGAACUCCACCUACACAACUUCAGUCACCACCUCCUCCAGUCUGACCAGCUCAACGCUGAGCUCCGCCAGCCCAGUGACAGCAUCUUCCUCCUAUGACCAGAGUUCUGUGCAUAACAGGACCACAUACCAAAGGCCUGGGAGCCCCACGGAGGCAGCCCCAGGAACUAUCACGAAUGGACAUGGUGGUGGUCGGAGUCAGCAGACUGUAGACACUACUUCAUCCGUUCCAGCUCCAAAGACAACAGAUUCUCCCUCCGCCCUCCCAUCUGUGGGCUCCCUGCCCAGCACCACCUCCUGCACUACGCUUCUGCCCUCCGCCUCCCAGCACACUGCCACUUUGCCCUCCUUGUCCCAGCCUGGUGACUUGUCCAGCAGCCCCCUCUCUCAGCUUAGCAGUUCACUCUCCAGCCAUCAGAGCAGCCUGUCCUCUGCGCACGCAGCACUCUCCUCCAGCACGUCACACACACAUGCGAGCAUGGAGAGCACCCCUUCUCUCCAGUCCUCAGCCACCUUCUCAACAUCAGCCACAUCCGCCUCGAGUGCCGUGUCCUCAGGGCUCAGCCUGCCGAGCAGCGUGAACGCAGUGAACAGCCUCUGCCUGGGUGGGACCACCAUGAGUGCCCCCAGCAGCAGUACCCGGGCCACACCCUUGGUGACCUCAGGCAAAGCACCCCCCAACCUGCCCCAGGGGGUGCCACCCCUGCUGCACAACCAGUACCUCGUGGGCCCCGGAGGACUGCUUCCCGCCUACCCGAUCUAUGGCUACGAUGAGCUCCAGAUGCUGCAGUCCCGGCUGCCAGUGGAUUACUAUGGAAUUCCCUUUGCUACGCCCACAGCCCUUGCCAGCCGAGAUGGGAGCCUAGCUAAUAACCCAUAUUCAGGUGAUGUCACAAAGUUUGGCCGAGGAGACUCUGCAUCCCCUGCGCCCCCCACCACACUGGCUCAGCCCCAGCAGAGCCAGUCCCAGGCCCACCACACAGCCCAGCAGCCCUUCCUGAAUCCCGCGCUGCCACCUGGCUACAGCUACACUGGCCUCCCCUACUACCCAGGCGUGCCCAGUGCCUUCCAGUAUGGGCCCACCAUGUUUGUCCCUCCGGCCUCAGCCAAGCAGCAUGGUGUGAGCCUCAGCACCCCCGCCGCCCCUUUCCAGCAGGCUGGUGCUUACGGCCAGCACGGCUACAGCACAGGUUAUGAUGACUUGACCCAGGGGACAGCCGCAGGAGACUACACCAAGGGUGGCUAUGGUGGAUCAUCGCAGGCCCAAAACAAGUCUGCAGGUUCUGGGCCUGGCAAAGGAGUGGCCGUGUCUUCAAGCACCACGGGCCUGCCUGACAUGCCUGGUUCUGUCUACAACAAGACCCAGACUUUUGACAAGCAGGGAUUUCAUGCAGGGACCCCUCCACCAUUCAGCCUGCCCUCAGCCUUGGGCUCCACAGGGCCCCUGGCCCCUGGCGCGGCCCCUGGUUAUGCGCCUCCACCGUUCUUGCACAUCCUGCCCGCCCACCAGCAGCCUCACUCACAGCUGUUACACCACCACCUUCCGCAGGAUGCCCAGAGUGGCUCGGGUCAGCGCAGCCAGCCCAGCUCCCUGCAGCCCAAGUCUCAAGCCUCCAAACCUGCCUACGGCAACUCUCCAUACUGGACAAACUGAGCCCUGAAGAGGGGUGGGCUGGGGCAGGGCUUACCCGGGCAGGAGAGAACACGCGGAGCCCGUUUCUGGGAGCCCAGCGCCCUUUCCUAGAAUUCCUGAGACGUGUAACUGUGUCAGCCGAGCCUCUGUGGGGAGCCCGCCUCCCAGACUCGCUAUUGUAUGUAAUGUAUUUAUGUAUGUACUUGUAAAUGUGACCCAAGUCCUGGGGGAGGGGGUGCGGCUGCUACUCUCAGCCAGGUCUGCUCCCCUGCUCAAGCCUCUUCUCACUGUAGCAAAAUAAGCCCCUGCUCCCCUCUGCCUUCAGGCCUUCUCCAUAGCCCGCGGCCAGCGGCCCUAGCGGGCCGGUGUCUGGAGGGGCCGGUUUAAGGCAGUUUGGCAGUUGGGGUCAGGUACCAAUGAAGAAUCACGACUUAUCUCGCUCCCUUGUAAACCAUUAUUUGAGUUUUCUUCCCUGUGUAAUUACUUUAUGCCCCUCUUUUUUGAGAAACUGGUUCUUUUGUCAUUUGUCAUGUCCCCCUCCUGCCAAAUCUUGAUCUGGGAAUAGCAGAGAUGUCCAUCCCCCCUGCCUGACAUGAAGUGGCACCUGUUUGUCCUCAUAUAAAGCAGGGGUUUCUGCUUCUGGUCUGGUCUUUUCCUCAGAGACUUGCCUUCCUCUGGCUGACCGUUUUUAAAAUAAUCUGAAUUUGCACUCAGAUGCUCAGCCAGUCAGCUCCCCUUUAAAAAAAAAUCAAAGCUUUCACCUCAACGAGAGCACGUCUCCAAGCAGAGUUGUCCUGAACAAGUGGGCGACUGUUUCAGGGGUUUCUCUUUUGCCCACACUCCACCUAAUAAAGUUUUGAGAGCAUG